UGUACCUGGUUACCGUAACCUUAUUAGGUAAGAAUGCUGGGUAUGGUGCGACCACUAGUUAGGUUGAGAAAAAUAGGUAGUCCAGCCUGGCGGCCCGAUUUGAUAAUUACCGAUUGGGACGAAACUGUCACGAGUGAGGACACUAUAAAAUUAGUAGCGCAAGUGCCCUAUGACAAUAAUGACAAUCUCGAACCUAAGUUUCAAUACUUUACCGAUAUAUACUUAGCCAGUUAUAAGAAGUAUGUGGCUGAAUUUUAUCAGCAGUAUGGUAAUAGAGAUAGCUUAGAUAAAGAGAUUUUAUUUCAAAGGGGGAUGAAGCAAGUGGAAUUGAGCUCAGUUACGGCCCUUGCUAACCAUAAGAUAUUUGCUAAUUUAUCAGAGAAUCAAUUCGCUAGACAGGCAAGUAACAUCAAGUUACGACCAGGAUUUGUAGAUUGCUUCCGUAGUAUUCAGAAGUUGAAUAUACCGAUAGUUAUAUUAAGUAUUAAUUGGACAAGUAUAUUGAUUAAGCAAGCUCUUAGAGAUGCAGGAUUAGAUUGCGACUAUGCCAACUUCUUGGUUAAUGAAUUCGAGUUUGAUGAUAAUCACAUUACUACUGGUAAUUGGGUGGAAACUCCCAGUAUUCGUACUGCUUUGGAUAAGUUAGAGUUAACUAAACAACUUAUAGCUAAUUCUACUAAUUCUGUCUAUUUGGGAGACAGUUCUACAGACUUGUUAUCAUUACUUCAUGUAGAUACAGGUAUCAUUAUACCAGAUACUUCAUUAGCGAAGUCAAUACAAAACUAUGCUUUUGCUAAAGAUAAACUAUAUUUAGGAACUUGGCAUGACUUACAUAAUUUACUUACUUCUACAUAGUUAUAAUAUA